AUGGCAUCAAGCAGCAAUAAAUUCUUGGAAAACCGCCCCGGAUCAUCUUCCAAGCAAACUCGCUCCAAAGAUCCAAUACCACUCCCCCCCUUCGACGCUAUCCCUAAUCGCGUAACUCCCAGCGCACACCUCGCCAUGCCAUUCAUCUCCAUUCUCAUCGGCGUCUCCUCGCGUCACCCUACAAAACCCAUCUACGCUAUCUAUUCCCCCAACAUCGCCUCUCUCCAAUACGUACACGGAGACGGCACUCUCGUCGAACCCCUCUCCAUCUGUCCGCUCCUCACCUUCAACAACGGCGAUAAACUCUGUUCCCGUCAACGCCUCAACAUAAUCGAAUGCAUGAAUCGCUCUGCACGCUAUUAUCAAAUGAUACACUCCCCCUCCUGGAACGAAGACGGACCCAACGAGAAAACCUUCCGCGGUCCCUUCACCAACGAGAAAAGCGUCAAAGAAGCCCUAACCUACAUAUCCGAUCUUCGUUUCGGACCCGACAACACAGCAGCUCUGAGAACCCUUCCUCUCGAUCGUCAUCUCGUUUCUAAUCUCCCAGAUCCAAGCUCUCCCUGCGUAUCUCUCACCGCACCUCCGACUUGGGAUUUUAGUGUUCACCACGCCGAUUUUACCGAUCCUUAUCUCGAUCCGGCUCACGAAACUAAAUUGCUAGACUAUUUUCCAGACAUUCAUCCAACGCUUUCGAAAUCACGUUUCGCGGCGUAUGUUCUCGCGGGCAUGGAACAAGUCGGUGCGAUUUACUGGCAAAGCGGACGAGAAGCGGUCAAAACACAAGGAGGAUGGACGGAGUGGAAGUUUUUGCACGCGCCGAAUCCGGUUGCGUGGUUGGAAGCAGAGCUGGCGGAUGAGGCGCGGAGGGAGAGAAUGGGUGGGAGGAGAAGAAAAUCUCCGUGGAUGGGAUUGGUGGAGGGAGUCGAGGUGGUGGAGGUGGUGAGUUGGCAGGUGCUGGGUGAGUUUUAUUGGGAUAAUGGAGAAGAGGGAAGGGGAUAUCCGAGAGUGUUUCCUCGUGAGGAUGAUGACUUUGAGGAUGUUGGUGAUCCCGAAAUUGUGAUAAAGGAUGAGGAUUCAGGAGAGACCGAGGCGCGAAGUGGUAAUUCGUGUGAGCAGAAGUAUUAUAGUGAGUCGACCAAGAAAGGACAUGGAAAGAAUGGAAAGAGAAAUUGGGAGGUAUACGACGACAGUCCGGCGAUGAAAAGAGCAAAGUCGGCUGUGCUGAAUAUGAUUUCAGGUUCUUGA